AUGCGAUCUCAAACCAUUUCAUUGAACCAUGGCCAAUUGAGCGGUGAAGACAUUUCGGAACUUAAUUCAGCGUAUUUCUCACUACGUGUGGCACUUAUAUUUCUCAUUGUGACUGUUAUCAUUUUCGUUAUCAUGCAACUCAUCAAAUUAAUCUGGCAAAUUAUAAAAAUUCGUAAUGAAGCUGAGGAGACUUUCGACAGUAAAACGCCCGAACUUGUCGUACAUUUCAAGAAAUCAAAAAGAGUAAAAAGACCGAAGAAUUUGUUGCCAAGUAAAGAUAUGAAAAUCCAGUUAUCAUUGAGGAAUGAAUCGGAGACACCUGUAAAGUGCGAAGUAGCUAGCAAGAACAAAGGGAGGAAAAAGAAGGAACUUCCAUCAGCUCAAAACGAAGUCCAGACAGGAACAAACAUUGUGUCAUAUAAUGGAACGCAGACUUUUUCGGAUGAACUUCCAUCUCCAGGCAUCAAAGAUUCACUCGCACUUUUCGCUCCACAAGAUACAUCAGUGUCUACAUUGAUAGCUAUCAAGAAGAAACCUACGUUCUCGGCGCUAAAAGCUCAGGAUUCUUUAAUGGUUAUCAACAAUCAGAUACCAUUACAACCAUCCGAUAGUGCUGAAAAAACAAACCAGAAAAACAAGUCUACUUUUUUGGCGACGAAAGCUCAAGAUUCCGAAGAUGACAAGUCUACUUUUGUGGCGGCGGAAGCUCAGGAUUCUUUAAUGGUCGUCAACGAUCUGAAACCAUUACGACCGUCCGCUAGUGCUGAACAAACAAGCUUGGAAAAAACGGAAAAGCCAAAAACCGAUCGGCAAGAAGAAAUUGAGCUAUGA